CAAAAUUAUAACACUAGUGCAAUUGGCUCUAACCAGUUUGUUAUACUAUUUUUGUGUUAUUUUUUGAUAAUAUUCUAAUACAUAUUGUCGUAAACUCUUAAAAGUUUUGUGUGAUUAAAGCAUUAAUUACACACAGUUUUUAAAUAUUUUAAAAGGUAAUUUUACAAAAUAUUUACUGCAAAGAAAAUAUCGUAUAAUUAAUUUGCUUGAUGCAUGUGAAACCAUAAGCUACGUGAACCAAAUUAACUAAUUUGGUUAAAAUAAUUCUUGGGUAAUCAUGAAGACACUAAUUAAGUUAUUCCUGCUAGCAUUAGCAGUAGGAUUAGCUUCGUCAAUAAGACAUUCGAAAUCGAUUUUAACUAUUCAUACGGAUUCCGAAGAAAGUGCAAUAAUACCAUGUUCCUCAGAAUGUACCGAUGGAAUUUCAAAUGGCAAUGUAGGGUUUGACGAGAACAAAAAACAUAGGUAUUUGUUCAGUGGUAAGACCACCAUUUUUGCUCCGACCGCAACCGGAGAGGUAAUAUCAGAAGUAACGAUCAAAGGAAAGGCAAAUAUCAUCGGCACACAAAAAUGUGGCGCCAUCCUUUAUCUUAAGAAUCUUGAAAUAACUCAAGGGUCGAAGACUUACAAACACGAAGACUUACAGAAACUAGAAGGCUACCCUGUUCUGUUUUCUUACAACAACGGAAAAGUCGGUCGGAAUAUCUGUUCGCUAGCUCAGGAUUCUGUCGCAUCAAUGAAUUUAAAACGAUCGAUAAUUUCAUCAUUGCAAGUAUCGUCAAUACAAGGAGACCAAAAAGAAUAUUUCGAGACCGAUGUUCAAGGAACAUGUAAUACUACAUAUUAUCCGGGGACAUGGUCGGACCCAUACCUUACAAUAACGAAAGAAAAAGAUCUCGCACAAUGCACGGGGCACGAUAAAAUCAAUUUGAUGGGAUUUUCACAGAUGCAAUCGUAUCCGAUGUAUGAAGAUUCUCCAUUCUCAACAGCCGUUCAGAUUUCUGAAAUCAAAAUAAAAGACUCCGAAUUAAUGUCCGUCGCCAAUAAAGAGACUUUCAUCUAUCAACCAUUUGGCGCAAUUGAUGUACCAACUAGAAUAAUGGUAUCCAUGAAUUUGCAGCUAGCGAAAACCACAAUGAUUCAACCCCUUUCUACAAGCCGUUUGAGCAAAAGCCGAUCAAUCAUGUUUGAAAAACCAACUGGAUUAAUUGGAUUGGCAGAUGCGGGUACGUUAGUAGCUGCAACACAAUCGGCUUUGACUAAACUCGAACCAAUAGUCGAUAUGGACGGUGCUGAUAGAUUUGCAGUGUUAGUACAAUUAUUAAAAGUGGCAAAGAAGGACGACAUACUUUCUGCGUUUCAGCAGAUUAUGAGCGGCAGCGGAAAUGAGGAUACCGAAGUACCAGAGUCAAUUUUCAUCGAUGCUCUCAUGGCUGCUAAUAGUGGUGAAUCUAUUGAAGCUGCUGUAGAACUCAUAAAUAGUCAUAAAUUAAGCGAUUCAUUAACUAUUCAAUGGUUUAAUAACUUGGCAAACGCAAAAAAUCCAACUAAAGAGGCAGUGGUCAAAGCAUCAAGCUUACUCAAUGACAGAGCUCUAAAAGCGGGCUAUCUGGGUAUCGGCGCUUUGUUAAGACAAUACCAACAAGACACUCAGGAUUAUAUUAGUCCUGAAGUAGGAAAUACUUUGAGUAAUUUAGGAAGUCCAUUAAAGAAAGUGGGCAAUGGUCCAUUAUCAUCAAAUGACGAAGACUUAAUUAUUGCUAGUCUAAAGGGUCUCGGCUAUGCUCAAUACAUAAAUAGUGAUCUAGAAGAUUUGAUUAUCCAGAUUACUAUGGAUAAAAAUACUAUUCAAAGGAUUAGAGCAGCAGCAUUGAAUAUGGUUAAAAUCUAUGCUAAGAAUUCAAAGGUGGAGAAAGCCUGUGAAAGCAUUUUUACCGACUACUUAGAAGAUUCCGAACUGCGUAUUUUAGCGUUUAAAGUAUUUGCUAUUAAUCCAUCCAACUAUAAAGCAACUGUUAUAAAAAGUGUAUUAGAUGACAAAAACACCCAACUCCAAAUUCGAGCAUACUUACUCAGCUACUUGAGUAACUUACAGACGACCGCAGACGAAAAUAAACUAGAUCAAAAGAGAUUUUAUGAAGGAAUUAAAUCGAUGUCAUCAAAAAAACCACUCAAUGAUAUUUUGCGUUACUCACGAAAUUUGGAGUAUAACUAUCAAUGCCCUAUCCUACAUAGUGGAGUUUUGUUGGACGCUGAUGUGAUUUAUUCAUAUAAAACUUUUUUGGCACGGUCUUCUUCGGCAUCACUGAAAGCGUUCAUAUUUGGACGCAAACAUGACUUUAUUGAUAUUGAUGUCCGUAUUGAAAACUUGGAACCUUUACUGGAAAAACUAUUUGGACCCGAAGGAUAUUUUGCAAAAAGUAAGGGAUCUACUUUCGAUGAUGUUAAAAAUUACGUAACUCAAGCAAUAAACUAUGCUAAGAAUAGAGAACAGAAUGGCGUAAAUUCAGAAUCGUCAUUUAAACAAGCUUGUGAAAAUAUGCCUGAAGAAGAAAUGAAAAAAAUAUAUGUAGAUAUAGCACUUAAAUUAUUUGGAAAUGAUCUUGGUUGGUUUUCAUUGCAAGGAAGUGAAUGUCAAAUUACUUACCAACAUAUAAUUGAUGCCAUACUUAAUAAUUUUGAUAAUUCAGUAACCGAUAAAAAGAAUAUAGAAUUGAGUCUAAGGAAACAGAUACCAAUCAUCGAUUUUGAAAAGAAAUAUGCAACAUGUUCUGGACUUCCAAUUUCAUUAAAAAUCCAGGCUACGUCAGCUAUUAAAUUUGAUUUAGCUACUACGUUCGAUUUAGAUAGUUAUUUCAAACAUCCAGAAAAUUCAAAUUUUGCACUCAAACUCAUACCUAGCGGUUCACUUGUUUUCAACUCAUUUUUAACAAUAGACGGAUAUACUGUUGAUGUCGGAUAUAAAAUAUCGUCCUCACUUCAUACAUCUACAGGAUUUGAUUUUUCAUUAGAGACGGUUCAAGGUCGUGGCUUUGAAAUGGUUUAUGGACUUCCUUUGAACGUCAUGGAUAUACUGACUAUAAAAUCUGGAGCUUUUUCGAUUGUGCAGGAAAAAGGAAGUGAGCCGGUAGAAAUACCAAUUACGUCUACAGAUGUUGAUAGGCAAUCAUAUACCAGAGCAUUUGAAAGUUUUGGCAAUACUGUAGGCUUGUCUUUUUAUGUUGAUUAUAAUUAUCCUUGGAACGGAGAGUUAAAAUCGUUACUUCCAUUUUCUGGUCCAUCGUCACUUUCUUUAAAAGUUUUUAAAGUUGAUGAAAACCUCACUAAAUAUGUUGUGAAAGGAAAUUAUGACUUUAAGUCACCAACGUUAAAAUAUAUUAAGUUCAUAUUUGUUACGCCGAAAGCAGAUAUCAAACGUGGUUUGGAGUUGGUCGUUGUUUAUGAUACUAAAGCACAUAACAAAAUAUUAGCAGAGUUUAAAACUCCAUUCACUAAAAAAAUCAUCCAAGGUACAUUAGUUGAUUCUGACGAGCAAAAAACCAUAGAAGUUAGAUAUAUUGAUGGUUCCCAGCACACUUUUAGUGCUGGAGUAAAAUGUGAAGAGGUGGACGAUGAAACAAUGAAAUAUUCACCAAUACUUGAAGCUAAAUACUCUACAGAAGUGAACACUAAAGAACAUAGACAUCAUCUCGUACCUAUGUUUGACAUAGAGGGGUACGUUCUCGUGAAACGUAAUACGAAUUCUGAAAGUAAUUACCCUAGUAAAUUAACUUUAAGAGACGUUGCUGUUGUUACUACCGAGACCAGACAUUCUUUACAAGGGUCGUUAACUUUUGAAAACAACAAAGUAUUAGGAGAUGUCAGUUUAAUUGCCAAUAGUGUUACUAUUAACAUAUAUGGACUUCUUAGUGGAGAUCAUCCUAUAUUUAAAUUGGACUUAAAGUUAGAUAUGACUAGAAACGAACAAGCUAAACAACAAUUAUUGGAGUCUGAUGAAAGCUAUGAUUAUGAACCAAUGUCCAAAUUUGUAGCUUUACUAAAUAAAGUUAAGACUUUGAAUUUACUUACAUCCCAAGAACUUCAUACUGGAGCACCAUACAUAUUCUUAAGUAAGAAUCAUAUCCGUUGGGACGAUGAUUAUUUUGAAGCCAACUGUGAUGUAUUGUUUGAAAACAGUGAACUCACAACUCACGGAUAUAUCAAGACCUCCAAUGUACUUGAUAUGUCAUUUAAUGGUAAUAUCACUAUUUUGCCAAGUACUGAAGAAACGGGAAUAUUCGUUCGUGGGCUUUUAGAGCAUUCUCUCGUUUCGGAUCCAUCGUUUGCUGGACACGGAAAUUUCAAAUAUAUUCAAAAUAAGAACAAAGAUGGUAGUUAUUUUGAAUUUAAUUCAGAAGACCCAAAAACAUUUGGAAGAUAUCAUUUUAAUACGGGACAUCAGUCCACCGAUGAUUCUUUCAAGUAUACUAUUUAUUAUGAUGUUUACGAUGGUUCUACUUUCACGGUUGAUAUGAAUAUAUUAGCAGAUGAUAUUACUUAUAAAAUGCAUUUUGAUUCUCCCAAUCCUGAAUAUAAGUCUUAUAUGAAUGUACGUGGUUGGUCAGAAAAAGGAAAUACGUAUUUAUUUGAUUCACAAGUUUUAUGGCCUGGUGAUCAAAAUUCAAAUUAUUUGAAUGCAAAUGGAAAAAUGCUUUUGAACGGAAGUGAUACACACAUUAUUGGAAACAUAGAUUUUCCAUUAACACAUUUAGAAAAUUUCCACAUAUCACUUUUUAGUGAACCUCAUCCCGAAAUUAAAGAUGGCGGAAUUGCUACAGUUCGUUGCAUAUCUAAUGAUAACAUUUUACUAUCUGAAAAGUUCGUAUAUAAAUUAAAACUAAACAAUGGAGAGUUUUAUGUGUCUGGAAAGAGUAUUUACGAUGAGUCACAAAAUGUCAAACCUAUAAGUUUUGAAAUAGCGUAUAAAAAUUACACAGAUGAAGAAUACGCUACUGGAAAACAAAUCGCGUACAAAAUUGCAUUGUUGCAUAAUAAUCAGCAACUUACAUACCAAAAAGUUUUAAAAGUUACUAACAGAACGCUUAAGUACAGACAAAUUAACAAAGUAGAUGAUGAGAAACAAAAAAUAAUGAUGGAUUUAGAAUAUCAUAUAAUAAGUGCAUGGGAUUGGUCUUAUAAAUUAAUAUCCAAGGUCGAUUCCCCAAAUGUUUUUCAUUAUUUGAUUAGUGAUGACCAAAAUGAAUUAGAAUUUAACUCCUAUAUUAAAUUUGGCGAUUACUCAUUAGACGAAGAGCAUACUCUUAAAAUUCAUUCAUCAGAAGGUUUAACUGACUCGUAUGAAUUUAAAUGGCUUACAAACUAUGAAAAAACUGCAUUCAAGUUUUUAUAUAAACAACGAGAAAUUAGAGGCUUAGUGCGUUAUAGUUUGGACGAUAUUGAAGGAGGAUACAAUUUUAUUUAUGCGGGACGAAUGUGGUUAGAUUUUAUUUCAGACCCAAAUUCAGAAAGCACCUUGUCAAUAAAUACUUACUAUUCACUUAAAGAAGGAUUUUCUACAGGCAGUAAUAUAAAAAUAUGUGUACCAUUAUUUAAUGAUAAGGAAAUGGGUGUCAAAACCAAUGUCCAAAUGUUUAAAAACUGGGAAAAUCCUCUAAGUGUUCAAUUAGAACUUGACAUUUUCCCCACUACCGAUCAAAAAUUAAAACUGCGUACUAGUUUGAAGAGAGACGUUCAAGAUAGUGGAGUUUUGUAUUCUGCGUUGCUGUUUGCUGAAAGCGAUGGAAUGAAAUUAAAUUACGGAUUUAAUGAUUCUAUAUAUGUUUCAAGUGAAAAAUGGGGAAAAUAUUUAGACGCACAUUUUAUUGAUACUGAUAAUAUUAUUAGACCUCUUAAAGUACAUUUUGAAUUAGUGCCUAGAGGAUUUACUAACCAAAUGAACAUUUUUGAUAUUGCCGUGAUCGAUGUUGAUUCGUCAAUUAUGGUCAAAGAUGGUGUUUUGAAUACACGUUCAAACAUAAAGUACAAUGAUCAUCCAUAUUCCUUUGAAAUUUCGUUAACCUCAAAUCCAAGUUUCAAAUUCAUAAUAGGAUGGGAAAAUAAAACGGGAAGUCAUGAAAAGCUGAUGGUAGACGGUACUAUCGUUAUGGAUGAAUCGGCCGUUAUUAGUGCUACUCGUAUACUAAACGAUGGUAAUGACGUCGUGACUGUGGGAUACGUCAAAAAAUCCUUAGACGAACAAAAUUGGUGGGACACAAGUAACCAUUUGAGUACAGAACAAUCUAACGAAAUUUGGCAAUCAUUAAAGGGACAAUUCAUUGAAAUAUUUAUAAGUGUACACAGCAAUAUGGUAAAUAUAAUGUCUGUGGCCAAAAAACAGCGUAAAUUACGCUUGCACGAAGCAAGAAAAGCCCAACCACAAUAUCGUGCAUUAAUGGAAUAUUCAGGUCAUGAGUUUAAAAAAAUACUUAAUGAAGUCUUGGAAGAUGAUUAUAUACCACAAAUACCAAUGUUGAUACAAAAUACCACAGAAGCUGUAUUUUCCGAUGUUAUCGAUUUUAUGAAUUAUAACAGUGACUACUUCAUAAACUCGGUUAGGCAUCUAAAUGGACAUAUGGGAAAUUAUUUAAAGAAAAUAUAUAAGUAUUAUUCAGAUCAUUCAAAUGUACUUUUGAAUAAGUUGGUGCAAAAUAUCGAUGAAUUAAUGAACCAAAUGGAGCUUACUUUACUGGACUUAUUUAGACAGUUAAAUCUAUACACUGAUGAACCUGUGAAUGACAUGGAGUCAUCAGAACCUCGUUCAGUUAAAGAGUACUAUAAUAAAGUCAUGGAUAAAUUUAUGAAAGCCAUCGAGAAACUUGAAGAUACAAUAAAUGACAUUAAAGAUUUAACAGAGAAUUUUAUCAAGAGCUUGCCACUUUAUGACAUGUUACACGACCAAAUUGAAAAGUUAAAAUCAUACCCUUACAAAGAAAAAGUAUGGGGACAAAUACACAACUACUUGCAAGACUUAGAAAAUUCAGCUCCGACCAGAGAUUUUGGUAGUUUUAUCAAUGCUUUAGAUAAGUACAUAAAUAAUAUCAUUCAUGACAUACCGGUAAGCCAAAGGGAGAUCAUAACCUUAAGGAAUAAAGGACUUAUAGUUGUGAAGUCAAUGAUAUUUGAUUUCUCCAACUACGUAGAUCACGACAGAGCAAUGAAAAUGUACAAUGCAUUACGCAAACUUACUGCUUUUGGCCAGACUAUUCUUCACAUAGCCUCGCCAAGCACAUUCCCAUAUCCAAUUAAUGAAAAUCCUUUGUUAUUUGACUUCAAUGAAUAUAAUACGCAAUUGUAUCAUAGAUUUUUGAAUCCGUCGAAUUUAAUACCACCGUUUGAUGUGCAAAGUGUUAUUAUCGACUCAGUCAAUAUAAUUACAUACAAUGGUCAUCCUUACAGUUUCAUGCCAAACACUGGUUAUUAUUUGUUGGCAGAGGAUUUUGUAAACAACAAAUUUUCAAUACUUGCUUAUUACGAAUAUAACACAUUAACAAAAAUAUCGAUUUCAAUCUAUAAUGGCGAAAAAUACAUACUGCUUUCCGGAGGAAGUAUUACCGUUAAUGGCAAAGAUGCUGAUUUUCCACUUAUAAAUGACAAUUUAAAAACAUUUAGAGAUGUUUAUUCAUUUGGAAUUGACGUUGCUGUUGGUGUCAGUAUUAAAUGCACUUUUGAUUUAAAUAUUGUUCAAGUGUUCAUUAAUGGAUACUAUUAUGGUCAAGUGCAUGGCUUACUAGGAUCAAUGAAUCAAGAACCUCAGUUUGAUUUAAGACUACCUAAUGGAGAAUUAUCCUAUGACAUGGCAUCAUUUUUGUUGGCGUACAGACAAACAGGGAACACCGAACCGACUAAUAUUGAUUUAAUACAAACCGAUGUACCACUCUGUUCCAGCUUGUUCUCUGGAAAAUCUUCUCUGAAACCAUUUUUCCCAGCUAUAGCUCCAGCAGCGUAUAGAUCGAUUUGUAAUCAAAUCGUUUCUACAGCUACAUCUGAACAAGACAGUUUGAAUAAGGCUUGUUUAGUGGCUAAAGCUUUCGUGAGCAUGGCCAGACAAAACUAUAUGUCAAGUUGUAAUAUUCCGGAUAUGUGCAUCACGACUUCGGUACAUGAACGAACGAUAGAUGCGAACACGAAUGUUCAGAUAUCUGAUCCAAACGAUGUAGCAGAUGUCAUGAUUUUGUUCGAAGAAGUCGUAGAAAUUGAACAAACAUUUUCGGAAAUAUUGAAUCCUUUCAUAAAAAAACUUAAGAGCAAUUUUAACAGCAAAGGAAUAAAUGACGUCAAAAUUAUUCUUAUUGGAUACUCUGGAAAAAGUACAGAUUCUGAAGUGCAUAUGUAUACAGCUAACGACGACGAUGACUAUACAAAAUUAUUGAGCAAUAUACCGGAAUGGACAGAAUCUCAGACCAACACCGAACCAGAGACGAGUAGACUGCAAUCUCAGCUGAUGCAUUCAUUUAGAAAAGUUAUGGGUAAAAAUUCAAAAGACAAAGCAUACAAACUUUCGGCUGAUUACCCAUUCAGAGCGAAUGCUGUUAAAGUCGUCUUGUCCAUUGCACAAUCUCUAUACAGCACCCAAGAAUCCGUUUUAGGCGUAUCUCAGUACACGAUAAACUACGUAACCUCAUGGUAUAUGAAACAAGGUAUCACGUUUUACUUGAUCGCCCCCAUAAAUCUGAGUGUGGCUUCGGAAGAUGGAAUUUUCGGAGCGAGUGGUGCGAACAAGAUUUAUACGAGAACGUCGCCGAACGGUAAAUACAGCGAUGACAUGUAUACUUACGACAAAUCAUUAGAGACGAAUUUGGUGUUAAUGACCAGCGGGACCAUGUACGAUUCUCGGUAUUUCGCCGACACCUCGAGUGCACAAUUAGAGACUUUCUUGCGUUCGUUGUGCAGGACCAUUGUAGGCAUGUCCGUCAGUGAUACAGUGAUCCAGAGAAGUUGUUCCAGUUCGUUGUACAACGGAGUGAUGCCGUACGCGAAGUGCGUGGUCGUCACUAGCUGAUGGCCGACGAAAACAUAAUUUGUAGAGUGUGACACAUAUCAUCACACUCGUAGAUAAUAAUAAUAAUAUGUUGCACCUGAAAAACAGUUAUACAUAGAUAUGCAGUAAUGUGUGCUUGGGCCAAAUGGAAUAUCUCAACCAACAAUUAUUCAUUAUUUUUUAGAUCAAAAAUA